GUCAAAAGUUCCGCACCCUCACCCUACGUCCUCGACAUCGCAUCGUGUCCGUGCUAGCUUGCGCUCCCCCAACAAAUCCAAAUCCAAAUCCAAAUCCAAAAUCGAGCUCCCUCCCCACCCCGAAUUCCCAAUGCCGUCCUCCAAGCAGCCCUUCACGCCCUCCUCCGCGAUCCGCCACCGCCGCCGCCGGCGGUGCCUCCUCGGCACCCUCGCCGCGCUGCUCGCCCUGGCCGUCGUCCUCCUGGUCCUCUUCCUCACCGUCCUCCGCGUCCGCGACCCCACCAUCCGCCUCGUCUCCACCGAGCUCACGGGCGUCGCCCCGCGCUUCGCGCUCCUCCCGGCCCCGUCCCUCCGCCUCAACGUCACCCUCAUCCUCACGGUCUCCGUCCACAACCCGAACCUGGCCUCCUUCGCCUACGCCGACGGCGGCCACGCCGACCUCUCCUACCGCGGCGCCCACGUCGGGGACGCGCAGAUCGGCCCGGGCGCCGUCCCGAGCCGCGGCGACGCGGAGGCGCGGCUCGCGCUCACGCUGCAGGCGGACCGCUUCCUCGCCGCCGGGGACGCGCGGCAGCUGGCCGAGGACAUGGAGGGCGGGGCGCUGCCGCUCGACGCCACAACCAGGGUCCCCGGCACCGUGGUGCUGUUCGGCCUCUUCCAUCGGCGCGCCGUGGCCUACUCCGAGUGCAGCUUCGCGUUCGCCGUCGCCGAGAUGCGCGUCCAGAGCCAAGAGUGCAGCGGCGGCACCAAGCUCUGAUCCGGUCGCCGGAGAAGAUCAUUCGAAUGGCGGCGCGCGCGGCAUGGCAUUGGCGCCACGUGCAGCCAUGCCACCGUGGCACGGCCAGGAAAAGUCCCAGACUCGAACGUGGAAUUUUCGCCCGGCUCAUAC